CUUAAUUCUUUCCUCCCUUUGACUCUCAUCCCUUAAAAUUCUCUUCAUCAUCAAUACUACUUUUUAAAAGAAAACAAUCUCUCUAUAUUUUCUAUCUCCUUCCUAUCUUAUGGCCUCCUCUCAACCUGAAGAACAACCACUUCAGCUUCCUCCCCUUCACUACACGACAUGGGUUUUGAAAGUUUCCAUCCAUUGUCCAGGCUGCAGGAGAAAAGUCAAGAAACUCUUACAAAGCAUCGAAGGUGUUUAUACAACAUAUAUUGAUCCAAAGCAACAGAAAGUCAUAGUGACUGGAAAUGUUGAAGCUGAGACUUUGAUAAAGAAGCUAGUGAAGAAUAGAAGGAGUGCUGAGUUGUGGCCAGAACCGAAGUCUAUAUUAAAAGAGAAGAAACCAACCAGCGACGAUGAUGAUGAACCUGAAGAUGAUGAGGCUAAUAAUAAUGAAAAAACAGCUGAAAAUACCGAAGCAAACAUGAAAAAUAAUGGUCCUCAAAGACAUGGUGUGAGAUUUGGUGGUGUUGAGACUAUUACUAUGGAUGUCAACGAAGUGAGACCAGACCAAACUGUCGCGGUUGAGAGGUUCCCGCCAUCAGGGCAAAAGCCCGGUGGUGGUGGCGGUGGUGGUGGUGGCAGCGGAGGUGCUAAGAAGAAGAAGAAAAAGAAAAAGAAAAAAAGUGGGAAUAAUAAUAAUAGUGGAAAUGCGAGUGCAGGGUCUAAUGGUGCACCGUCAAGCAGUGAAUCAGAAGUCGCGAAAAUGGGUCCCAAUCAAAUGAUGGAUCAAGCGAAUCAAGGCCAUUCAUUUCACCAAAAUCCUUAUUCGAACCAGUAUGAUCAGAAUCCACCUACUUAUUAUGCUCCUCAGCAGACUUGUGUGAUGAGUUACAAUGCGGCACAUCCUACUGUAAGCAGUGCAAUGCCAUAUUACUAUGUUCCAUCGUCACCGUAUAUGCAGUCCAAUAUUUAUUCCAAGCAAUCAACACCGUUGGAUUCUUUUGAGAUCUUGAGUGAUGAGAACCCUCAUGCCUGCUAUAUCAUGUGAUUAUCACGCAGAACAAUAAUGUGGUUUUGUAUAUUAAGAUCGUCUGAGAAUUUUGGCAGGAAAUAGAGUUUUAUUUGCAGUUG